AUGCCAUAUACAGGCAAAUCUCUCGAUUAUAUAAAGGAGACUGUUUUGAAAAGCGAGUUCGCGCCACACACCGCCAUUCAAAUUGCUUGUCAAACACACCUCGCUUUGAAAAAUCUUCACGAGUUAGGUUAUAUCCAUAGAGAUGUGAAGCCAGACAACUUUGUCGUCGGCAGACUUGAACACAGGAAUGUCAUUUUUAUAAUGGACUUCGGCAUGAGUACAAAGUUUGAAAAAACGACUGCCAACCUACCC